CGUGCGGUGCGGUGCGGUGUGGCGUGGCGGGCCCCGGCGUGCGGGGCGGCCGCUGUGGCGGAGGAGCGGGCCCGGCAGGUGGGCGGCGGGGCCGGGCGCUGCGCCAGCUCCUCCGGUGUUGGCGUCCGUCCCCCCCACCCCCCCCAUCGCGGGGAGCGGGGCGGCAGGGCCGGGUCGCUGGGGGCCGGCGGUGCCCGGGAGCCGAGCCCCGGGGCACCUGCUCGGGGGCAGCGGCCGGGCCGGGCCCCGAGCUGCUCCGGGCCGGCGGGUGCGGGCGGUCGCUGCUGGUCCCGGUGCCUUUUGUAACGGCGGGGCAAGGCCCGUAGCGCCCGUUCGUGCCGUGAAUUAGUGGAUGGCUGAAAAUUGGCUUGACCAUUGAGUUGCAGAAAUGUUUUGCUGCUUGAGAACCGUGAGGAGGUUAUGUCUUGAGAAGAUGCUGCUACAGUGUGUACUUCAGUCAAGAACUUUGUCAGGAGCUGAUGCUAUCAAUGCUCUGAGGCCUUUCUAUUUUGCUGUGCAUCCAGAUUUCUUUGGCCAGCAUCCCAAAGAAAGGGAAGUAAAUGAAAACUCUCUGAAGAGGUUAAAUGGCUACUUGGAGAAUCUACAAAAACCAGGAUUUCGCUCCCUUAAGCCAACUCAGCUUACUUUUUAUGUGAGAGAAAGAGAGCCAAACUCUUCUAAUGUUCAAGAAUCCUUCAGUGCUUCAGGGUUUCGUGCAGUCAGUAUUACAUUACAUACUAGGGAUCUCCUGAGCACGGUAUUAGAUAUUCUCAACUCAUGCAGUUUAUCAACGGAGCAUGUUCAGAGUUUGAAUGUGAACUCUCAGUCCCACAAGGAAGCAAAAAGCACAGUGAACAGGCCUAUCAAGUGGGAUAAGACUUACUAUUCAUUUACUGGAUUCAAGGAUCCUGAGGAGGAGCUAGAACAAGCCCAGAGAAUGGAAACAACUCUAAUAUCCUGGCUAGAUGAUAAUGAAGCAAGUGCAGUAAAAAAGCUGAAAAAGAGUUUGCCACUUAGAAAAGAACUAGAACGUUUAAAAUUUGAACUCUCUCAUCAGCUUCAGCUCUCAGAUAUCAGGUGGCAGAGAAGCUGGGGUAUUGCUCACCGCUGUAGUCAACUACACAGUCUAGGUCGCUUAGUCCAACAGAGACCUGAAAUAUUAAAGAAUGUUAAAGGACGCACAGUGGUAUUUACAGAUCGUUCAGGUAUGAGUGCGGCAGGUCACAUAAUGCUGGGGACCAUGGAUGUUCACCAUCACUGGACCAAAAUUUUUGAGAGAUUGCCUGAUUAUUAUAAACUUCAGAAAAGGCUGCUAUUGUUGGAAGAUCGCCUAAGCCAGCUUCUGGGAGGCAUACAAGUAAUAUAUAUUGAAGAACUGCAACCCCUGUUGACUCUAGAAGAGUACUACGAGACUCUGGACUCUUUCUAUAACAGAUUACGUGACAGUCGACUACCUUUUCAUCCUCGCAGUCUGCGAGGCUUGCAAAUGAUUCUGGAAAGUGACAGAUAUGCACCAAGAUUACAUGAAUAUGGGCACUUCACGAUCCCAACGGUCUGUGAUCCAGCAACCCUUCAAUGGUUUAUUUUUGCCAAAGCACAGGAAGCAAGAGAGAAUCUGAAAAGAAAGGAGGAAUCUCCUGGUUGUUAAACAGCUGGAUCCUCUGCUAAACCUCCAGCAAGCUGAAGGAACAGUAGGAACCAGUAUCUGAAGGACCUAUGGAUCUUCACAGAAAGAUCAAGAAAGCAAAGGCAUUGCCAGCAGUUUCUGACCAUCAUUCAAAUCAUGAACUCUGUCAAGGAACAGUGCUUCAUCUUCUGACAGAUACGGUGGAGACCAGGUAUGGAUCAGAGUCUGUCUGCAGGACUUGUGGAGCCCUCAGCAAGAGGAGAGGGUUUUCAGUCACCCCUGCAGAGGUUUGUUUGUGGGUCCCCUUCAGAUAGCCUGGCUGUGAGGGACAGCGCUUGUCACACUGGUCAUCUGCAGUUCAGAUGCUACAUCUGAUGUUAUACCUGCUGCUGCUGAGGGUCACAGGCCAUCCAUGCCUGGUGAGCAUGGGGACCUGCAGAGAGCAGAUACCUGCCGGUGGGGCAAGGGGGCUUCCUGGUGCAAAACCUCUCACAUGGAGCCAGGCCUUGCACAUGGGGCAAAAUGUUUGUCCCCUGUGGGGAGCACAGCCAGGAGAGCUGGAGGCUCUGCCUCUCCAGGUCUGCUUGGAGAUGGGGCAAAGGCUGCUGCAGGCAGGGAGCACAGCACAGCUGCAGGCAGCUGCCAGCAGGAGGGCUGGAGGCAGCUGCUUUGCAGAGGGCCCUGUGAGCAGGAAAUCUGCAGCCCUGAUGAAGCUGAGGGCUGUGGACCAGUGUCCGGGGUGCUGGUGCCCUACUAGGGAGAUCCAGGGCAUGCAGGGUGGCUGGGCUCCUCCUCACCACUUGUAAAAACCACAGAUGGAUCUCCUGGAAAUGCUUCUUACAGCAGAAGUGCUAUUAGGUUUGCUAUGGGAUAGCCAGAAGUGCAGUCAUGCUGGUACAGAGGGGUCACAAAUGAAAAGAGCAGUGGUAGUCAGCAAGCAGCAUCCACUACCAGUGGAGUGCAAAAGGGUUUCAGAGACAGGGCACUGUAGCAGUAAAGCUAGUCACAGAGACCCUGCCACGCUCCUCCACUGCCCACCAGGCAUCUCUUGGAACAGGCUGGAUACCCACCUCUCCGUUAUUCCCACGUCCUGCCUUCAUUGGAUGCAAGGCAGCAGCUCCCCAGACAAAGCACCGUGCUUCCAGCGCCUUCAUCCACCACUGCUGCAUCCCACCAGGAGCACAGCCAGGCUCCUUGGCACCAGCCCCCUAAGUUACAGUUCAGGACAUGCUGCUUAUAGCUCCAUUUACCAGUAGGAUGAAUCAUAUUCUGUCUUUUUUUAAUAGCAUAUUCAAAGACAGAAAUAUCCAGGGCUUUUUCAUACCCUAAGGGUUGCAUUCAGUCUGUCCAGGUCAACUCUCUAGGUCUUCUUUUUAAGACAUAAUUUAAUAUGCUUAUUUUUAACUUACCUAUCUUAAAGAUAAAUCUACUGCAAGGUAUGGUCUGAUGCAGAAUGAAUCUUUAAAAUGUUUUGAUAAAGGAAAGGAGGGUAUGUGAGACCUGGAGCUCUGUCUUGCCGGAGGAGCAGCCCUGCCAGAGCGAUGAAAGAUAUUCCGCUGGGGGAUUUCUGACACAUGCUGCCCCUACAUUUCUGGUACUUAUUAUAGAGGGAAGGGAAGACAAAAGCUCAAGGGAAAACAAAAAUCUAGCUCUGCCUCAGGUUAUUAUAAACUGAGAAUUGAUAGGCAUUCUCAAUUGUCUGUUGCUAAGCAGCCGAGAGAAUUGGUUGACCAUACCCUGGGCCUUUUAAAAAAAGACAAAACCGGAACAAAACAAAACAAACCAAAGCAGAAAGCUCUGUGUGUAUGUGUGUUAGGGGUAUAUGAAAUAAUGUAUAAAUAUCAUAUUAGCAUACAAAGCCUCAGGUUUUUUUCUGCUGAAUGUGUUUGUGAGGUGCUGCUGCACGGGUGAUGUGAAACAAGUCAGGCCUUGGGUGGACAGGAUAAACUUUGCUUUAAAAUAAAACGAAAGAGAGUGAGAAAUACUGUGAUUCUGCCGUGUCAGCAAACACUUCCUUGGGUUUUGAAGGGUCUCUUUAGGGCAUGAUCUUGCAUCCUCUUGAAAAGGUGUGUGCUGACAGUCACAGGAAACAAUUCCCAGGGAUCCAAGUUUCUCCUUGCCCAGCUAGUAAUUAAAGUGGCCUUCAGCAUGUUGUUUUUUUUUCAAAACACCUAUGUAAAAACCAGGGCAAAGCACUGGAGAGCCCCCACCCCUAAUUCCUACUGGUGCUGGUCCCAGCUUGCUUUUGGCUAGAGCUGCAGGAAAGGCAGGAUACAAAACUCACUGGGUGAAGUAAGACAUGCUUGGGUCCCAGCAGCCCUGCCUGAGGACACCCCUAUGCUGGCAGCUCCUGCCCAGCUUUCCCCUUUUGUGCUCCUGGCUAUCAGGUAGCUGGGGUUGGAGAAAACCAGUGUCUGCCUGGCAAAAUAGUCUGCCGGAAGGUUAUGGGGCAGUUUGGUUUUUUUAUUUUCUUAUCUUUCAGCUAAGUUAAAUGGUAAAAUUAUGCUUGGGAGCCAGCUUUGCUGCCUCCACCCAUUAUUAUUUCACUCCCUUUUCCUUGUUUCCGCAAGUGUGGUUUUGCCCAUCUUCAAUGAAAAAACCCCAGCUGAUUUGCAAUAAUCACCUUCUAAAUCGACAAUUUCUGUGUUCUGCCCCUUACACCCUCAAGUCCCUCCUCUGCUCUGGUACCUUCCUGGCAGCCCCUCACUCCCCAGCAGUGCACAGGGGGUUAUCUCAAUAGGGAACAGACAUCUGGCAGUGGCCACACUCCUUUGCACCAAACCUCAUCUUUCCCUUCACCACCCAGCGUGAAUCUACUUGGAAGCUGCUGGCGGCCGAGAGCUGCUUCUUGUCCACACCAACCAGCUGCCUCACGUACUUCACCUCCUCCACACACUGAGAGGACAGGAGGGUGUGGGUCUGCAGGGAAUUUGGGGUGGUGAAAACACCCUGGUACCAAACCCAGUGACUCAAAGUGUCCCUGGGCACAUGGGGCCGUUGAUGGGACGUGCAAACAGAGGCAAGCGCAGGGAAGGGAAACUAGCAAAGCCCUGUUAUCGAGCAAGGUCAGGCCACCCCUGGCCCCCUCCUUCCCCAAGCAUGGGCCUAAAAAUAGAUGUAAUCGGGUUUCAAAGAGGAAAAGAAAUGAAAAGGUCAAGUGUCGUGACCUCAGGCUUGCUCCGAGGCUGCUUUUCUCCCCUCAUGGCUCGCCUUUGCUGGGCCUCCCAUCGGCGUUUCCGGACUAGAAGCAGCUGGAGCGCACGCCCUGGGCAUGGCCAUCAGUUGUGGCCUCUGGUCGGGGGCUCUUCCUUUUUAUUCCUCCCAGUCAGCCUUCCUGCCGCCUGCAAUCGGCUCCUUCCUUGCCUGGGGAAAAGCACCAGCGGGUGCCCGAGGCUCCAUCCCUGGUUCCUUGCUGUGGUCACUUCAUGGGGCAUGAGGCUCCUGACAGAGUCACAUCAAUUUUGGGGUGUUUGAGCCCUGCUCCAUGCCAGGUGAGCACACAGGGAGGCAGCCAGCACCUUCCCUUCAUGAGCCCACAAGCCUUGGGUUUCCAUUUCCACAUGGCUGUGCUGUUCCCUCUGAUUUUGUUCAAAUCAUGCUACAACAAAGUGGUGUGUUCCAUGCUGGGAGCUCAAGACCUGGAGUGGGGGAAGCCAGAGGAUAUGGUGUCUUUGCAAUUAUGGUCUCGUUUUUCCCAGCUGGUGAGAAAUCCCUCUGCCCUUCUUUGCUUUUCCCCUGCUCAAAUAACUUCUGAAAAUGUUGGAUAAUUGUUUCUAAAGUGUAUGUGCUCUGUGCAGGCAUGAGUCAGGACUUAUGUUUUGCCUUGUCUUCCCUUCUGGUGCAGUGAGGAGUACACAUUUGCUCUCUGGAUCCAACCAAAGAGCUCCUUAGAAACAUCCUCUGCCAGCAGAAAGUCUGCCCCAGGAGUCUGCAUUUGUGAAAGCUGCAGCAGAAGACACAUAUUGCACUGUUUAUCAGCAUGUACCAGACUGGCAUAGUAACAAAAAUCCACUCUGUGUUCUCCGUUUCCAGACCUCGAUGUUUCUUAUUGGGAUAAUUUUACUCAGUGGUUUAAUUUUCUUGCGGCAGGAGAAUGUAAUAGGGCAGCAACCCGAAUCCUUGGGUGCUUUCAGCUCAGUGCAUCCCAGUCCUGGCCGGUGCCUGUGGAUGCACGAGCUGGGGAAGAGUGAUCACUGCACACAAAGCUCCAAUAACCUGUCUUCUGCAGAGGGGAGAUGGGGGUUCUGGGUUUCAGGGGAUGUCACGCAGCAUUGGUGUGGGAGAAGAGGCCCUUGCUCUCUGCCAGGCAUGCAAAGUGCUGCUGCUCCCUCCUCUCCACAGGUGGCAGCAAGAGAGGAAAAAUCACAGGAUCACAGAAUAUUAGGGGUUGGAAGGGACUUCCGAAGAUCAUUGAGUCCAACACCCCUGCCAGGGCAGGACAAAAAAAAAAAAAACACAAAAAAACAAAUCAAACAAUAAAAACCCCAAAACCACACCAACUAGGGCAGAUCACUCAGAAAGGUGUCCGCACGGGUCUUGAAAGUCUCCAGAGAAGGAGACUCCACAACCUCUUUGGGGAGCCUGUUCCAGUGCUCUGUAACCCUCACAGUGAAGUUCUUCCUCGUGUUGAGGUGGAAAAUAUAAUAUUAACUAAACCUUGAUAUUUCUGAGGUGCUAAUAGCUAUUCCAACCACUUGAAAUAUUCAAGCACUGUAGCACUCUGUCUUCAGUGCUUUGCUGACCUCUCACUUUGUCCUUGUCCCCUACUUUUACCCUAAAAAGCUCCAGCUGCCACGUUCACAGUGCUUCCCUCUUGCUUGCCUGUGCCUCAGCCCUCCUCCUGCAUCCUGCAUACCUGGGAUCCUGCCUGAUAAAGCACAGCAGAGGAUUCCAAAGCCAGUCGUCUCCAUACCAGUCCACCCAACCUUGCCAAAAAUAACCGUGGCACACAGGGAGGUGGUGGCUGUUGUGCAGUAAAUAAGUGUUUUCCAGAAUCAGCAAGUAGCUGUGCACACAGUCUGCAAGCUGCUAGUGUCCCAGACAGAUGCAUGGGGGUCUCAACACAGUUCCCCUCUGCUUCCUUCUGCCAAGGCUCCUCUCCCUGCUCAAACCCCUUUCUCCCUGCUAAGGCCUUGGCUCCACAUUUCCAUCCUACACAGCUGGCCCCAUCCUCUCCUGCCAUUGUGCUAAAACUGACCAAGCCCUUACAGCAGACAGUUUCCCUGUCCCAGAUGGGAUUUACCAUGCAAACUGAUUAAAAAGUUUAUGAAGGACACUGUCUCAGCCUGGCUGGUGGUGCCAAGUGGUACCUGGAGACCAUGGGUGUUACACAAGCUCUGUGAACUCCCGGUGAAGCACAAGAAAGUUCAUGGCCAUGGGCAUCCUCGACCUGUAAGGUGCCUUCAGGGAGCAGGUACCCCUUCUCUGGGUCCAAAGGGAUGUGUGUGUGUGUUCCAUCACCUCUGAAACAUGCUCUGUGAGCUAGUGGAGGAAAGGCAAGGCAGUGUUAUGAGAACGCAGGUUUAAUGCUCCACCAUGCCUGCACCUGAAACACUGAAAACCUGCACCGUGACAUUUUUUUGUUCACCAAGUAACAGGGAAAAAUAUAAAAAUAAAAAUCCUAUGAAGCUCCGUUUUUGGUGUAAGGGAUGAAAGUACUUAAAUAACCUUGAAAGUGUUACCUUUAAGAAUAAAAUAAUGUUAAUAUCUACUCUUAGAAUCAUAGAAUCAUUAAGGUUGGAAGGGACCUUAAAGAUCAUCAAGUUCCAACCCCCCUGCCAUGAGCAGGGAACCGUACCACUAGACCACGUUGCACAAAACCUCAUCCAACCUGGCCUUAAAAACCUCCAGGGAUGGGGCAUCAACAGCCUCCCUGGGCAACCCAUUCCAGUUCCUCACCACCCUUACAGUGAAGAAUGUCUUCCUAAUAUCUAACCUAAAUCUCCACUCUCUCAGUUUAAAACCAUUACCCCUUGUCCUAUCACUAUCUUCUCUGAUGAAAAGCCCCUCCCCAGCUUUCCUGUAGCCCCUUCAGGUACUGGAAGAUGCUAUAAGGUCUCCCCAGAGCCUUCUCUUUUCUAGGCUGAACAGCCCCAACUUUCUCAGCCUGUCUUCAAAGCAGAGGUGCUCCAGCCCUUUGAUCAUCUUGGUGGCCCUUCUCUGGACCCUCUCCAACAGCUCCAUGUCUUUCUUGUGCUGAGGGCCCCAGAACUGUACACAGUAUUCCAGGUGGGGUCUCACCAGAGCAGAGCAGAGGGGCAGAAUCCCAUCCCUAGCCCUGCUGGCCACACUUCUUUUGAUGCAGCCCAGGAUGUGUUUGGCUCUCUGGGCUCCAGCACACACUGGCGGCUCACGUCGAGCUUCUCAUCUACUACCACUCCCAAGUCCUUCUCCUCAGGACUGUUCUCCAGCCAUUCUUCCCCCAGCCUGUAUUUGUGCCUCAGAAAAUACUGGGGAUGAAUCACACUGACUAAAGGAGAAUUUGGCUCACUUCAAAAUAUUUAUUGGGAAAAACACUGAUUCCUCCUGCCAUUUUGGCAGGAUCUCCUUGAGUUCCACCAGCUUCCCAAAGUAUGAGUUUUGCAUCAGCUUCCCUUGAGAAAAUUCCUAUCCCAGCAGCUGAGUGGUGGUGCACAGAGCACAGCCAUUGAUGAGGCAGAUGGAGUUCAAUUAGUUGGUGUGUUACAACCAUCAUUUUUGGUCUCCUGCUGUCUCACACCUUGAGCAGAAUAGUAGGAAGGCAUCAGUCUGUGUGUAGUUUGCCUAUGGAAUGGUUUGCACUUGCAGAGCAGCAAAUUAAAAGCAAGUUUCCAGGGGCAGAGGUUUGUCUUCUGAGGCUGUGUCCACACAAAGACUGGACAGUUGAAUUCCUCCUGACUUGUCAACCAUGCUGCUAAUCCCUCUAUGCCUGGUUUUACCCAUAGCAAAUAUCUGGUAGUGAACUGUGCUUAAGAGAGGAGCCAGGGACAAAUAUCCAUUUUGCAUGGGUAACCCUUCACAACACUUGAUGGGAGGAGGAGUGUUAUACCUGUGAAACAUGGAGCUCAUGUUUCUUUCUGCUGCUUCGUUGUUAGGCUUAUAAUGAGGGGACUUUGUUCCAGUCUGCAGAAGUGGGAUUAUUUCUGCUAAUGUCAGGCACCCAGAGGACAUCACGGGUUCCCUGAGUGCAUUAUCAGUGGAGGAAUCUGGUCUUUCAAAGUGUUAUUCCUCGGGACCUGGCACCUUUGAUAAAAUUGAGAGCCAAAGCAGGGUUAUCAUGCUCUGACAUUUUAACACAGAAAUGUUUGUAACCCACAAUGCAGCAAACAGAUGCCUCCAAGGUGUGUUCAAUCCAGCAAGACAGACCUGACAUAUUCUAAUAAAAGCUUUUUAAUUGCUCUUCAGGACAUGCUGAUGAAUUAUCAGGAGGGAAACUUCUCAGCUGGGCAUUCUCAGAAGGUGCAGAGCAGCUCCCAAGGAGGGUGGCAGAUGAGCCUUGCUGAGCUGUUCAAAGUGAACUGGGGUUAAAAAAUGAACACUACAUAGCAGAAAGUGAAAGAGUGGAGACAGCGGGUCAGAUCUGGUGUGUCUCCUCACCCCAAACCUCCCUCUAGCAACAAUCAGCAGCAGAUGUUCAAGGAAAGAUGAGAAACAGGGUAAAUGGAAAGUGAUCUUCCCCUUAUACAACCUCCCAGCUUUGGGCACACAAUGGAUUAGACAACUCUGUAGUUCCCACGGAAAAAUCAUACAUGAGAUCUUUUUUGAUUCUUAUUUCUGCAAUGCACAACUAUGGGAUUUUUGUCCUGAACCCACAUGAGCUCAUUCAGCCACUGAAGAGGCUUUCAGAAAGAGGGCAUUAUCGCAAUAGCCAGAUCUUCUCCGCAGCUUUCCAUAUGACUGCUGUGGAAGGGCAGCCUGCCAGGUUAUCUAAAUCCAGCCAGGAAGUCUACCAAAUACCACUCACCAAGCCACGUCAACUCCAGUUUCCUAGUGGUUACAUUAAUGGUUGCAAGUCUGACCACAGGGGGGAACGGUGUGUAUUCCUCUGCUGCAUGAAAGCAAGGCCACAGUGUUGUGUUGCUCAGUUCUUUGGGGCUAAAGGGCCAUGAAGGUCUGCUGGUGGAAUAUCCCGAAGGAUUUGUGGAGAAGCGAAAUGCCUAAAAAAAAUGCAGGGGAGAACAUUUUGUGUGCACAGGGGGCUCUACCCAUGAUCUGGUGGGUGGGUUUUGAAUAAGACAGGUUCUUGGGAGCCAGUUAACACCCACUCCACACACAGAGCGGAAAAGAGCCCUUUGCAAAAUGCUCCAUUUCAGCCCCAGGCUGAAAUGUGGAGAAGAGGGUGGGUUGUGAGUCAUAACCUCAAGGAGCUCCCAUUCCCAUGCCCUCGGGGCAUCCCAGUGUGCACCCUCAGGCAUCAACUGCCCUGAGAUGCUCAGAGAGGCAGCAAGUCUGCAGAUCAAGGAGAAGAUGUGGCCACCCCAAAGGGCAGUCCCAGGCUGUAACCCAUGCCAGAGACUGCCUGCUUCCACAGGCUGAGCUGGUGGUAGGAGGAAAAGGGAAAACUUUGGGCAGUCUAAUCCAGCAUUAAAGUCCUGACUAAUUCUCUCCUUCCUGAGGACACCUGAGCUGUGGGGCUGGCGCAUGGGGACCAGUGGCUGCCAUCCCAGUUGGUUUGAGCAGCUGCAGCCAUCCACAGUAGUUGUCUCCAGCAAGGCACAAUUUCUGCCGGAUGGACACCCCAGGGUUGGAUUUCUACUCCUCAGGAGUUGCCCCAGGCCUGGAGAGAGAAGAAUGCAGCUUUCUGGACAAAAGGAGAGGGGAUAUGUCACAUAAACAUCUGUGGUGCCAGGUGGGAAAUGCUGAACCUCUGUGUCCCUCCAGUAGCAUUGCUUGGGAGGAGGGAGAAGUGGUUGCACAGAGCAGAGUUCUCCCCUUGCCCCAGCAGUCUGACCUGCAGGGAGCCAGGAGAAACAGAGAUGCUUUACUGAAAACUCGGAGAAGGGCAGGCAGAGAGAAAGCAGGGAAGACCCAUGGGGAGAAAGGGCAGGUCAUAUUGUAAGCAGUUCACCUGGAGAUUUUAUCCCCAGCUGCUGCCAACAACAAGGAAAAUUGUUGAGUCUGCGAACAGGUGAGAUGAAAACGCUCAAAAGCAGUUCUUAAAAUGUAAGCUUAUAAAGUAGCAACGGCCUGUGAAUUGUGGCUUUGCAACUUGGGAUCUUUAUAACGUGAUGAUACAUACACCCAGAUCCAAACUAACAGUAAUGCAAACCAAAGUGGAAAAAAACAGACUAAUGCAAAACCUAAAAAGGAGAAAAGAUACAAUAACAAUGUUUGGCAUUUCCCUGUCCUCUUGGGCUGUGAGAUCCACUGAUUCUGAAGCAACUUUCAAAAUGAAUAAACAAAUCAAAGAACUAAAAAUACCACCAAAUUAUUAACUCAUCCCAUCCAGAUAUAUAUGCACAAGAGAUGCUUACUUUUAAAAUAAAAGGAUCAAGACUGGAUUUUUAAAAUCCUUGCUACAUUAUUUAAGUACACCAUAGACUGCAGUGAGUAUACAUACCUAUAUACUUCAUUAACUUUGCUUUCUACCCUUCUUACAGAUAUUUUUUUCUUCUUAUCUUUAUUUUCUGCUGCUUGGAGAAUGAAAUCAGCCUGGCCAGAGAAGCUUUUUGGUUCCUCUGCCCUUACACAAGGCAUCUGGGCCAGUCUUCACCAGGACAUGACUAUUCACCUGGGGGCUCUCAUCAGUCAAAGGGGCAGGGGGUGAGAUCCAGCCUGGAGGACACUUGGGUAGGGCAUGGAAGUGACUCCCACGAGUUUCAGUACUUGCUCAGCUGCAGGAUUGCUGAGUGCCAUCAGGGAGGUCCUGGGCAGAGUCCUGAGCCACAAUCCCACAUCUGUAAAAUGGGAAUAAUGUUUUCAAAGCUUGCAUGGGUUUCAGGAGGGUCAUGACUGUUAGCGGUCAUGAGAAGCUCCACUAUGGCAGAGAUGUGGGCCUUACAAAGGCUGCUGUCUCUCACUGGAGAGAAAAGGCUUAAUUUAAAUCAGUUGUCUCCACUGGCAUUAAGAUUGUUAUGACUGUCCGUCUUUUGGCUUUCUUGGUGCAGUCUUUCUCCUUUUAGAACUAAAACUGCAUUUUGAAGCUUUGAAAUGCAAUUUGCCCUCCACAGCUUGGCCAUAUUACUUGAGAAGAGGGGUUGGAGCUUGCUUUUGAUUUUUCUUCUCACACUCCUGGCCAUGACUGGGCUUGAAAACAUUAAUACCAGCCACCAGCAUUCAGAUAAAAAUGACUCUGUAGUCCGAGGAAAAAUGGUACCGUUAUUUGGAAGCCGUACUACAAACUGCCAGCUACCCUCCUCCAGCGUGAUAAAACAUGGAUAGUUUUAGUGAAGAAGUAAAAUUAGUUCCUGAGUUGCUGUCCCGAAUUUCCUACCCCUGACGACUAUUCCAGACUGCAGUUUAAUGCAGAUGUUUAUGUGAAGAUGCCCUAUUGGGAUAAGGCAGUGAAUCUAGCCAAUGUUGCGGAGAUGAAUGCCUUUAUUCUUCUUGAAAUAAAAAUGGUGUCAUGGGAUCUUUCAUGCCUCCCCACAGACUGAACCUUGAUUUAAAAUGCCAUCUCAGGGAUCGCAUCACUAGAAGCACGUAUCACUUUCUAGCUCGGUGCCAGAGUGUUGACAGAAAGCAAUGAAAUGUCCUCAGCCAUGACGUGCAGUUAGACGUUGUUCUCCGAAGUGGGGCUCAGCACCCAGGCACCUGUGCUGCAGCAAGGGACAACCAGGCUCUUCGGUCCCUGGACCAUGAUGGCAGGAUUGCACCCCUUCGCUGGAGAUAUUUUGUGUUUGAUUUGGUAUAAGGAUGGCUUUGUAAAGAGCUAAUGAACUUGAAACAUCGCCGUUGCAGCAUUUA